CCUGGGGUGCCUUCUAAAUAUGUGUACAGCACCAGAACGCCUGCUGGUCUUCACAGCUUGCUUGGAACCUCCAUGAGCUCAGUCAGGACACUACACAAGCACUCCUCAUGACUCUCUCCCUCAUACGUCACAUGCUGCGCAAAGGACCAGGCGGGGCCACUUUGUGUUCCCGCCAUCAGACUCUGGAGCUUGUCUCUCUCUCUCUCCCCGUAUAGUGAGCGGACACAAUGCCACCGGGAGCCGCGGGACUUCCCUAUGCUGAGGUGACAGGACCGGACACAGCUCACUGACUGCUGGGAUUUGGCGCCCUUCAUUCAUACAGAGACGUGUUCUCCGGCUGGACGUAUUGCAGUGCACGGCUCACCAUGUCACAGACAGAAGGUGUGGAGGAGAUGAGGAGCUGGAGCCAGGAGACCUGCCGGCGAGAGUUACACACAGCUCUCCCCAAACUUCGUUCCAUGUUUCAGAGCUCAGAUAGCUGGGAGGAGAUGAUUCGACUGUUUAAGAUUGUUACAGAAGUGCUUCUACCACACAUUAGUCUGGAGGAGGUGGAACAAGGUGUAUUUUCACAACUGCUGCCAAAGGCUGUGAAAGAAUUUCACAAUAUAACAGUUGAAAUAUUAAGACUGUCUUCAGAAUUCUCAAGCCAGAAUACAGAACUGAAAAAUUCAUUGAGGAAUAUGUUGCAGAAUAUGGCUCAUUGGUUGGAAGCUUUAACAGCUUGUGUUCGUGAUGUCUGUUCUGCAGAGAAUCCAGUAGCUUUGGAAAAUUUCCACUCGCUUCCUACAUCAGUGCUUCAAAUUCUUGUUACAACAUUCACCCACUGCAAGCAAAGUGAUUCACUAUAUAGUGGAAAGCUCCAUCUGGUUUUGGAUCUUCUUCAAGCCAUUUUUAAGGAAGCGGUAUGUCUUCAGAAGCAGUUAAUGGAACUUCUGGAUAAGGCUACUUUAAGCAGCUCUGCUUCAGACGUUGCAUGUAUGGUGUCAUUACUACAUACAUUUUUAGAUAUUUGCACUAUUGUGUCUAAAAUGGAUCAUGCGCUUCAUGCAAACACAUGGAAAUUCAUCAUCAAACAGAGCAUCAAGCAUCAAGCAUUAGUAGAAAGCCAAGUAAGGCAUUGUGACAUUGUGAGCAGCUUGUGUGAUGACAUUCUGGUAUCCUUCCAAUCAUGCUUGCAAAUAGCGGAACAUAUGAAGGUCACCGGAGUACAGGAAAACACAGAUCAACGAUUAUUCCAGAAGAACUUAAAGCUCUGUCGUUUUUUUGGUAACUCACUUUUGCACUACAUCAAAGAAUUUAUGCCUUUUUUGUCUGAAUCUUGUGUUCAUCUGCAUUAUUUAUAUCUUCAAAUAUAUAGCAUGUUUCCGCCAAGUCUAUAUGCUGUGCCUAUUUCAGAUAUUCAUCAGGAUGAGAUUGUGAAUGUAUUUCUUGUGGCUAUUGAUCUUCUCAUUGUCCAGCUUUUAUCCUUCACGCCUUUUAUGGACGCAGUUCUUAAUGAAUCCCAAGAACCGCCACGAGAACAACAGUUCCCCAAAUGUCUGCUUCUAAUAAACAUUUUGGAUAAACUUCCAACUCUUCCGGAAGAUGUGCAGAUUUUGUGGUGCUCCAGCAACAAGCCUCCAGAGGAAAAACAAAGGAUGUCUAUAUUUAAAGCCGUGUUCCAGAGCUUUGCCCUGUGUUCUCCAGAAAUCUCCUUUCCAGUUAUUUUGAAGGAAACCUUUGCUAAAGCGCAAUCUAUAGUAAAUGUUUCAUUUUAUCAAUAUACUUGCAUUCACCUUUGUGCCUUCAUUGUUUUACUACCUCCAAUGUGCUUUUCAGACUUGGAGUAUUCCCUGUUGAAUGGUGUUAUCAGUUAUAGAAUGAUGGAAUCUCUACUGGCUAUAGAUGUAUGGUGUUUCUUAGCUCGGUGUGGAACCACAGACCUGUGUGCUCACCAUAUUACAGUUAUAGCUAAUUUGGUGAAAAAUUGUCCUGGCAAAUCUUCCCAGCUUUCACACUUAAUUGUCCUCAUAAGACGUUUACUAUUCUUACUGGAUACUGAUCAUCAGGUGUCUUUUGUCAAAAUGUUUCCUCCAGAGCAAGAAGAAAAUUUAUCUUUCUGGCAACACAUUUCACUUUCAUCUCUGCCAAGUGCUUGGGGUUCUCAGGUGAAGAAAAGCCUUUAUAAAACUGCAUUCUUGCAGUGCAAAACAUGUCUGGAUAGCAUGCAGACACAAGAAGAGUUGCAAAAACUGAAUGUGUCACUAUCUGCACUGUUGAUGGCAUGCCGUUCUUCUGGAAGGUUACUUGAUUCCGAACAGCACUCUGAUGUGGCUGCGAUUAUAGGCCAGUUGGUUCCUCUUUUUUUUCAAAAGCAGGUCGCUGUACAGCCUCUUCUGCAAGAAACAUUUUGCUUUUUUUUGGAUCUUUUUUCAUAUAUUGCAAGGAAAACGGAACCUGCCAAGUUAAUACAGGUUGUGUCAUUAAUCCCUUCUUUGUGUCAAGCGGACUCUCCUGCACAGAUAAAAUUGUCAGUGCUGGACUUUUUAUCCAGCUUAGCAAACAUUCAGAUUCCACAGGAAGCCCAGAUUAUGGUUCUGCCAAAAAUAGCAGGUUUGUUCUCCAUGUUCCUUUCAGAUCCAGUGUGGCUGGUAAAUCAACAUGCAUUAGAGACAUUUACUCGGUUUGCUGAGGAAACCAGCUAUGAAGAAAUUGUUACACAAAGCAUGAAUUCAGAAGACAUCAAGAAUCGUGUAAUAUCCAUCUUAAACAAGGCUGUCCCUUUUGUGGAACCAAAUAACAGAAGACAGGAACGACUAGAGGAAGAAAAAAGUGUUUUGGAUAAAAAAAAAUCUUACUGUGUGCUGAACCGUGAAGAAUUUCUUUCUUUAGAGCUGUGUAGAAAAAGAUCUCGAGAAGACAGCCUGUCCAGAGAUGAGGAAUAUGAAAUGCAUGUCCAUUCUGCAGAAAAGUCAUUAAUUUCUGUGCAAGCCUUAAUAAAGGAAAGUCCUAUUCCACCAUGGCUGCAAGAGAAAUUGGACAGCAUCCAAAAUCUAUUAACUAAAUUACAACAGAGUUGUCAACAUCACCCUUAAGGUUUCAAUACAAUGGAGCAUCAGAAACCAUAGCGUGGUGUCAGAAAGGCUAUAAAUAUCCAUCUGUGUGCACACUAAGCAAAUCUUAGGAAAAAACUGUACUGUAAAGAAGAAUGUCCUGUCUGGUGAAUGCAAGAAAUGUUACAAGACAUGGAAAGUGGCUUAAUACAUUGCAGAUGUGCUGCUCAACUUCCCCUGUGCCUCUCACGAAGACAUGGAAAUUAUACCAUAGGUUCGGACAUGUGAAUCUGGAAUAUUUUGUGGUGCCCUACAAUUACAUACUUGUGAUUGUGUUUAGUGUUGCAGCUAGGAAUAAUGGCUAUGCUGAGCACCAGGGAGAGGUGCAGUGUUUAUAUUGUAUGACAGCAAUCCAGUACAUUUGCUGGUUUGAUAGCAUAGACACUAUUGCCCAUAACAUUCAGUUAAUUUGCAGUUAGUGAGAACUUUUUUUUUUCAUUUUGCCUUGAAAUAUAUACAAUAACUCCUAGAACCUGAGUGCUAGCCCUGGCUCGCCUCUGUGAUAAAUUGUGUGUUCCAGUGGGUGUAUCAGUUACACGUAGAACAGUGAGUGCUUUUCAUUUGGACUUUGCAACUCCUAGGACUUCUUGACAGUUACAUGAAACCUGUAGUUAGGGAAAGAUGUAUAGUUUUCUAUUCCUCUCUGGAUGAUCCGAUAUCUUCAAUAACUGCCGAACCAUAUCAGAUCAGGUAUGAAGAACCAAUCAAGAGUUCCGAUUUUGGUUAUUUACAUGUGGGUUAGUGACAAGGGAAGAACUGAAGUCAAAAACAAGCUAGUCAAAUGCAUUUUAUUUUUAGGGGAGGAAUGACAGACUUAAAUGUUUUAGAAUGGAGUUGUCCUUUAUAGUAAACUUAUACUGAGAGAAAAAUGGUAUUUUGUUGUAAACUCUUGAAAGCAAGUAAUUUGUUGGAUGAAUGAUUGUAUACUAUUUACAUGUGCUGCUGGUGAAAGGAUGGAGGAGGUCACAAUGUGUUUAUGGCAGCACCAUCCAAGUCCAUUCCAAAGAUGCAUUUUAAAUAAAUUUAGUACAUAUUCCAGUUUUUUUUUUUAACAGAAACAUAUUCCAGUUUAAUAACGUGUGUGUGUGUGUAUAUAUAUAUAAUUUCUUAACUGUUGUAAAUUUUUACUAUUUGCCAUUUCAAGUAAAUAAAAUAAUUUCUUUCAUAAA